UGGGUCUUUUUUAGUUAUGAACAUAAGAUGCUUCUAGGCCUUAUUCCCAGCUCUAGUCAUAUCCUACUCGUUUCUCGUUCUUUUCUCCGGAACUAUGGGCGAUUCCAGCAACAAUGCCUCCAUUCCACCCCCUGGUUCUCUCCUGACAUAUGGCUAUCGACACUCGCUACAGUCGUGGAAUAUACUCACCCAGACAGUAUGUCUCACCGUCAGUACCUGCUGUGUUGGAAUGCGUCUGUACUCGAAGAUCUCCAUCACGCGCGCUCCGGGAUGGGAGGAUUUGACUUGUUUCCUGGCCUGGCUUGGUUUGAUCGGAUAUGCCGCCAUCACCUUCGAGACCGAUCGAUACGGAAACGGCAUGCAUCAAUGGGCUGUAGCUGCAUCCGACCUGAAAGAGUUCUCCAAGCUGGCCAAUGCAUCCCAAGUCCUCUACGGCCCAUUGAUCUACAUCACUAAACUAUCCAUCCUACUCUUAUACCUACGCCUCUUCGCACCUUCAGCCCGGAACGUCCCUUUUUGGCUCAUCCAAGCCCUGAUCUGGCUGAACUUCCUCUUCUACCUGGCAGAUACCAUCGUAAAGAUCUGCGAAUGCAAACCACGCUCCAAGAUCUGGGACAAAGACAUCCCCGGGCAGUGCAUCAACAUCAACAUCCCUAUCCUAGUCACAUCGAUCGUGAACGUGGUCUCGGACUUUCUGAUGCUUCUGCUGCCCAUCGUUUGUGUCUGGCGCUUGCAGAUGACCUGGUGGAAGAAGAUGGGCCUUUCCGCUGUGUUCGCAGCUGGUAUCUUCGCGUGCAUCUGCAGCGUGAUGCGUCUUGUAGUCAGCGUCCAGAACCGCACCACGCUCGACCGAACGCACGACUGGUUUCCGGAGUUUCUAUGGACCACCGCCGAAAUCACGUCGGGAAUCGUCGCUAGCUGCCUACCCGCCUUGCCGACCUUCUUCAGGCACUCCUCCCAGAAAGCCAGGGCUUGGGUCUCCAGCAUCGGUACUGGGAGUGCAUCGACGCAGGUGAAGGACCCCCUUGCUGCUGCUACUACCACCACCACCGACCGGAGACCAGGUCGUGCGCUGCGCAUGCCGCGGCGACUCUGGAGGUCUGGACGCAGUUUCACGGGUACGGAGUCCGCCGCGGACAGUUACUGGGAGAUGGGUGACGUUGCGGCGUAUCGGGGUGUAUGCUACACCACCACGGAAGCAAUUGCCAAUCGGAGCGUGUCAGAUGGGAUCAAUAGUGUGGAUGUCCAAUGUCCUAGAGGGGCGGAGGAGCAAAGGCCUAGAACUGGGAUCUUGAAGAUUGUAGAAGUGGAUAUUGAGACGGGCCCUGAGACGGGGAGAUGAGCUUCU